GAUCAGCUGCUCUCUGCCGUGCAGCCACCGUAGAGGAAGCACGCUCCCCUCGCCCAGAGAUCUGCUAGCUAACUACUCCUUCCUUUUGCCGACUGGGUCAUUCUCUGCAUGAUGGCGGAGGGAGGCGGACCCGACUCGGGUGGCGCGGCUGACUCCGAUUUGGAGCCGGUUGCCACACAAAUGCCUUCCGCGUCAACCGAAAACCAGAAACAGACCAUCGGCUCCUUGGUAAAAACCACGCUGAGAAAGGGCGACGAAUGGUACCUUGUGGACAGCCGCUGGUUUAAACAGUGGAAGAAAUAUGUGGGCUUCGACAGCUGGGACAUGUACAACAUAGGCGAGCGGAGCCUAUAUCCAGGACCUAUUGAUAACUCGGGGCUGUUCUCAGACCAGGAAACGCAGGUGUUGAAAGAACACCUGAUAGACGAGCUGGACUAUGUCCUUGUCCCCACUGAGGCAUGGAAUAAGCUUGUCAGCUGGUACAGCUGCCUGAAGGGGCAAAUACCUAUCGUCAGAAAGGUUGUUGAACACGGCAUGUUUGUUAAACACUGCAAAGUGGAAGUCUACCUGUUAGAGCUCAACCUGUGUGAGAAUGAUAACAUGGACAAUGUGGUCACACGCCAUUUCAGUAAAGCUGACACUAUUGAUACUAUAGAGAAAGAGAUGAGGACAUUGUUCAAUAUUCCAUUAGAGAAGGAGACAAGGCUGUGGAACAAGUACAUGAGCAACACUUACGAGCAGCUGAACAAGCCAGAUAGCACAGUCCAGGACGCUGGACUUUUCCAGGGGCAGGUGCUUGUAAUCGAGCGUAAGAAUGACGACGGGACGUGGCCCAGGCAAGCCUCCCAUUCCAAGUGCAGUACAACCCCAUCCAGGACUUUCUCCACCUCCCCAAAAUUGUCAUCCAACACGUCGGCCAGUAUCUCCUCGGCAGUCAUCAAUGGAAACAGCAGCUGUAGUCCUAGUUAUACGCUUAACAACAGUGCCUCCUCUGGUAGCAGGCAAGAAUUUGGGGGCUAUAAUUCAUACAGUUCGUCCUACAAUUACAGAGAGUCGCAGUCCCAGCCUGGCCUGUGUGGUCUCAGUAAUCUGGGCAACACAUGCUUCAUGAACUCUGCUCUCCAGUGCCUGAGCAACGCAUCACCGCUUACAGAUUAUUUCCUCAACGACCAUUACGAGGCGGAAAUCAACCGAGGGAAUCCACUAGGAAUGAGGGGCGAGAUUGCAGAGGCCUAUGCUGACCUCGUGAAGCAGAUGUGGCUCAGCCGUAACAGCUCUGUGGCUCCACGCACCUUCAAAACCCAGGUCGGGCGUUUUGCUCCCCAGUUUUCAGGGUAUCAGCAGCAGGACUCCCAAGAGCUGCUGGCCUUUUUGCUGGAUGGGCUUCACGAAGAUCUAAACCGCGUCAAAAAGAAGCCUUAUCUUGCCCAAAGGGAUGCAGAGGGCCGCCCUGAUGAGAUUGUUGCGAAGGAAGCCUGGAAAAACCAUCGCUUACGCAACGACUCAGUUAUUGUUGAUAUCUUUCACGGCCUCUUUAAAUCCACAUUGGUUUGUCCAGAUUGCUCCAAAGUGUCUGUGACUUUUGACCCCUUCUGCUACCUCACUCUGCCUCUGCCAAUGAAGAAAGAUAGAACUAUGGAGGUCUUUCUUGUGCGAUCAGACCCGCAGUCCAGACCCACACAGUAUCGAGUCAUUGUCCCAAAACUGGGUACGGUGAUGGAUUUAUGCUCUGCCUUGUCCAGACUCUGUGGAUUUCCUCUAGAAAAUAUGGUGGUGGCUGACGUUUAUAAUCACCGGUUUCAUAAAAUCUAUAGACGGGAUGAUGGUCUCAAUCAAAUCAUGGAGAAAGAUGACAUCUUUGUGUAUGAAGUACAGGAGGAAGACAGCGAGAGGAUGAACCUGCCUGUGUAUUUCAGGGAGCGACAUUCCAAACAGGCUGGAAGCUCCACAAGCGCCAUGCUGUUUGGCCAGCCUCUUCUCAUCACUGUGCCCAAACAAAACCUCGUUGCAGACAUCCUUUACGACAGAAUCCUUCAGAGGAUCGGACGCUAUGUGAAACGCCCACAGUGCACGGAGAGUGAAAGCAGAGCCUCUGCUUCGGCCACCUUUGCCAGCUGUAGUCAAGUUCCUGUAUGUUCCACAUCAUCAAGAGCCAGUGCUAGCUUGGGGGGCUGCGGUAGUCCACUGUCGGAUGGGCCCUCUUGCAGUGCCAGCUCCAAUAACGGCAGCAACCACUCUGGGCCUGCCACUGAAACGAACGGCCUCUAUGAUGGGGAGGAGGAGGCCAUGGACCACCAGUUGAGUCCAGAGCCAGAAAAUGGCCAGUCCGAAGAGGAGACCUCCGACUUUGAAAAUGGGACGAAAAGGUGUGAGGCCAAGCCGCGCUCUUUACCGGCCAAGCUCUUCACGUUCAGCGUCGUCAACUCUUACGGAACAGCCAACAUCAGCGCAUUGCCUUCUGAUGGCAACAUCCUCAAACUUAAUUCACAUUCCACUGUGGCAAUCGACUGGGACUCUGAGUCAAAGAUGUGUUACGAUGAACAGGAAGCUGAGGCCUAUGAGAAGCACGAAAGUAUGCUCCAGCCCCCAAAAAAGAAAGCCACAGUGGCUCUAAGAGAAUGCAUCGAGCUCUUCACAACCAUGGAGACACUCGGUGAACACGAUCCAUGGUAUUGUCCCACAUGCAAGAAACACCAGCAGGCCACAAAAAAGUUUGACCUGUGGUCAUUGCCUCGCAUUCUGGUUGUUCACCUAAAGCGCUUCUCCUACAACAGAUGCUGGAGGGACAAACUGGACACAGUGGUGGAUUUUCCCAUCAGGGAUCUGAACAUGUCUGAGUUUUUAUGUGACCCCAAGGCUGGGCCUCACACGUACGACCUCAUUGCCGUGUCCAACCAUUAUGGAGGCAUGGGAGGCGGCCACUACACGGCUUUCGGCAAGAAUAAAGUAGAUGGGAAGUGGUACUACUUUGACGACAGCAGUGUGUCGUCUUCCUCAGAAGACCAGAUUGUGACUAAAGCAGCCUACGUGCUGUUCUAUCAGCGCAGAGAAGAGGAGGGCUCCACAACACAAACUUCCACCUUGCUGGAAAGAGCUGUAGACGACCACAUGGACACAAACUGAAAGAAAUAGACAAAUCAAUUAUAUCCCCACCAUACUAAUAUAUUUUUUCUCUCAUGUUGUCAGCUUAAAUGACCAAUGAGGUCCAUCUGCUCAUUCAUUAGAAAGGAGAAAUGUGGUUGCUGUAGAUCAGCAGAAUGUCAGCAGCGUCCCUUUUUAUUUAAAAAAAAAAAAAGAAAAAAUAGGCAAACAUGCACAGCUUGUCUCAGCCAAAGUAUGAUGAUACGUUAACUUGGAUAUCCUAUAAUGAUCAGAUUCUCCCCGACAUUACUUCAUGAUACAAGAACCGUGGCACUGAAUGCUUCACUAGUACAACUACCUGCUUCUGUAAAGGUUUUUGUGAUAUUCAAUUACUUUAGAUAGGUGUAAGCAUAGCCCCCCACUCUUGUAUGAGUGAUGCUUUAUUUAAGAAUAUUAUCAGAUUGAGGGGCUAGCAGCAUCCAGCCAAUGAUGUUAGUGCACUGUCCUAGAUUGAUCAGAUACUGUUAUUUUACUAGACUUUACAAUAAGCCCAGUUAAAGGAUGUUGGAUUACCAGACACUCACGUUAUGUAAAGAAUAUCAUGCUUUGCUGGCCCCAGUAGACAAUUACCGACCUCAUUGAAGACACCAACAUGUGACACUUAUAAACUUCACCCAGCAGGGAAUCUUUUUUUGAAGGGCAAUCAUGGCAGCAAUCCAAAAUAAAAAAAAAUCCAACCUAACUGAAAAAAUGUAAAUAAUCACACUAUUUUUAAAUAGCUGUAAACAUUCUUGUUCUCAUAUUUAUCAUGCUGAUAUCUACAGAAAUUGUUUUUAAAUGGAAUAUAUCACAAUAAAGACUCAAUGCCUCAA